AUGCUUCUCUUUAUUCUACCAGGCCUUUUGGCUGUGUUCAUCCAGCCGGUAGUGUCAGCAACCGUCAACUAUGCAUAUGCUGUCGAUAUCGACAAGGCGAUGACAGCAAGCACAUUCAAUUGCUUUAAAAAGUCUGGCUAUAACGCUGUAUUCAUCAGGGCUUAUAACCCACAGGGUAGCGGAUUGUUCGAUGCGAACGCUCCCAACAACAUUCGCAGCGCCUAUUCGGCUGGAUUAGGAACUGAGGUCUUCAUGACCCCGCAACCUAAAUCAGCGAAAACAGGUGCAGCUCAGUUCAAGGAGAUGAUUGAUGGCCUCAAGAAGGCUAACAUCAAUGUGAGAACGGUCUGGGUACAGGUCACAUCACCUGUGAACUGGGGCGCUGACUCGAAGACGAACAUUGCUUUCCUCAAUGACAUCGCCAAGACUGCAAUUGUAAGAAUCUCUUCUUCGCAUUUAGAGUUGACCGCGUGCCAGUGCCGUGCCGACGCCAACGCGGAUUCGAUUGACCGCUUGUACUGCUCCUCUGGUAUCACAAUCGGAUAUUACACAAGUGUGUACGACUGGAAUCAGAUUACAAAGAACACACCAGUAACGGGCACAAACAUUCCGCUCUGGUACUGGAACGUCAAUGGAGGUGGACCCAGUGGUGAGACACCAGCCAACUUCAACGACUUCCGUGCAUUCGGCGGUUUCACGCAGGCAAUGGUGAAACAAUUCGGACAGCAAGAAAGCAUCUGUGGAGUCGUUGCGAAUAGGGACGUCUAUAACACAGCUGCAAAGAAACUUUUCGCAAUUUCAAAGAUGGAGAACGGUAUGAUGACCAUUGGCCUCUAA